AUGGACGAAGAAUUUAAGAAGUUUGCUAACUUCCAAAUAUAUAAUGGUGUCGACUCUAGCACCGAAGAAACAAUCAAAAACCUAGCUAAAGAUUUAAGCUCCAACAGUGGCCUAAAAGCUGAAAAUUACACGACUUCCAGAAUUAGUGAAGUCGACUCAGUGCUGUCGGAUAUGAAAGGUAUUGAUCCAACUACUUCUGACCUUGAAGAUCAAAGACUAAAUCCUCAUAAUGACAACUUCUCAAGCACACUAUGGGUGAAAAACCUAAGUGCUUUAAUGAAUAAUGAUCCCGAAUAUUACAAACCAUACUCUCUAGAUUGUAUAUGGCAAAAUCUUUCUACUUAUGGGGAAACCUCCGGUAUUGAAUCGCAAGCUAAUUUACUCAAUGCCCCACAAAAAAUUGUGAAUAAGCUGUAUAGAAAAGUUAAACCUGUAAGAAAGGAAAAGUCAUUCACAAUUUUGAAAGAAAUGGAGGGUUGCAUAAACCCAGGUGAGUUACUAGUGGUUCUUGGUAAACCGGGUUCUGGUUGUACUACCUUACUUAAAUCAAUUUCCAACAACACACAAGGGUUCAAAAUUACCAAGGAUUCAAAACUUUCAUAUGCCGGUUUCUCCCCAAAGGAAAUUAAAGAACAUUACAGAGGUGAAGUUAUCUACAACGGUGAAGUUGAUGUUCAUUUUCCUAAGCUAACUGUUUACCAAACUUUAUACACGGCUGCUAGAUUAAAAACGCCGCAAAACAGAAUUAAAGGCGUAGACCGAGACACGUUUGCCAAGCAUCUUACAGAGGUAACUAUGGCCACUUACGGCCUCUCACACACAAAAGACACAAUAAUUGGUAACGAUUUAAUAAGAGGUGUUUCUGGCGGUGAACGUAAAAGGGUUUCCUUAGCUGAAGCAAGUAUAUGUGGUGCCAAGUUUCAAUGUUGGGACAAUGCAACAAGAGGUCUAGAUUCAUCUACAGCCUUAGAUUUCAUUCGUGCCCUAAGAGUUAAUGCAACCACUAUGGGUUGUUCUUCUACUGUUGCUAUCUAUCAUUGUUCAGAGGAUUCAUUCAAUCUAUUCGAUAAAGUAUGUGUUCUUGACCAAGGUUAUCAGUUAUUUUUUGGUCCUUGUGCCGAUGCAAAACGUUAUUUCGAAGAAAUGGGUUAUAUUUGCCCACCAAGACAAACAACUGCUGAUUUCCUAACAUCGGUGACAAGUCCUGAGGAAAGAAUACUUAACAAGGAGUUUCUAAAGAAAGGUGUAAUGAUUCCUCAGACACCAAAGGAAAUGAACGAAUAUUGGAAAAAAUCUCAAGCCUAUUCUACAUUAACUGGUGAAAUUGAAGCCAAACUUUCUAGAAAUGUAGAAGAAUCUCGUAGAACAAUCAAAGAGGCUCAUAUUGCAAGACAAUCCAAAAGAACAAGGGCAUCCUCUCCAUAUACGGUGAAUUACGGGCUACAAAUUAAAUAUCUGCUUCACAGAGAUAUAUGGCGAAUAACUAACUAUCCUACUGUCAACUUAUUCAUGCUUUUUGGUAACUCAACGAUGGCGUUGAUUUUGGGUUCAAUGUUUUACAAAAUUAUGAAGCAUGAAGAUACCGAAAGUUUCUACUUCAGAGGUGCUGCAAUGUUUUCAGCCAUCCUUUUCAACGCAUUUUCUUGCCUAUUGGAAGUUUUUUCCUUAUACGAAGCAAGACCUAUCAUUGAAAAACACAAAUCAUAUUCUUUAUAUCAUCCGAGUGCUGACGCCUUUGCAUCCAUUAUAUCUCAAAUUCCCACCAAGAUUUCUAUUUCUAUCUGCUUUAAUAUUAUCUUCUAUUUUCUAGUUAAUUUCAAACGUGAUGCAGGUUCAUUCUUCUUUUACUUUUUAAUCAAUAUUGUAACUGUUUUCUCAAUGUCUCACAUGUAUAGAACAUUCGGUUCCCUAACUAGAUCACUUCCAGAAGCCAUGUUUCCGGCUGCUGUUUUACUUUUAGGUAUGGCUAUGUAUACCGGUUUUGCUAUUCCAAGGACAAAAAUGCUGGGAUGGUCUACUUGGAUCUGGUAUAUUAACCCGCUUUCAUACCUUUUUGAAUCUUUAAUGGUCAAUGAAUUCCACGAUCGUCAAUUUGUAUGUUCUUCUUUUAUCCCUACCGGUUCAAUGUAUGCUAAUUACACAGGUACCCACAGAAUUUGUGCUGCUCGUGGUGCUCAAGCUGGUCAAGAUUAUGUUCUAGGUGAUGACUACCUUAAAAACAAUUAUGGUUAUCAACAUAGCCAUAAAUGGCGUGGCUUCGGUAUUGGUGUCGGUUAUUCCGUAUUCUUUCUACUAACUUAUUUAGUGGUUUGCGAAUUUAACCAAGGUAAAGCUCAAAGAGGUGAAAUAUUGGUAUAUCCACAACAUAUUAUUAGAAAGAUGAGAAAACAAAAACAAACACUUAGAUGCACAGAAUAUGCUGUCGAUGAUUUAGAAGCUGGUUCGAGUGACUCUAGUAUUACUGAUAUCACACUAUUAGAAGAAUCAAGAGAAUUUGAAGAGGAAAAAUUUGAAUCUGCAGGUCUUUCCAAAUCAAAAGAUAUUUUUCACUGGAGAAAUGUUAGUUAUGAUAUCAAUGCUAAAGGUAACACAAAAAGAAUAUUAAGCAAUAUCGAUGGUUGGGUGAAACCAGGUACAUUAACAGCCCUAAUGGGUGUGUCUGGUGCAGGUAAGACGACUUUAUUAGAUUGCCUAGCUGAUAGAAUCACGACCGGUAUAAUUAGCGGUGAUAUCUUUGUCAAUGGUACUGCACGCGAUGGCUCAUUCCCAAGGUCUAUUGGUUAUUGUCAACAACAGGAUCUACAUUUGAAAACAUCUACUGUUAGAGAAUCAUUAAGAUUUUCUGCUUAUUUACGUCAACCAAAUUCAGUUCCUAUCGAAGAGAAGAACGCAUAUGUCGAAGAAGUCAUUAAGAUCUUAGAUAUGGAAAUUUACGCAGAUGCCAUUGUAGGUAUUCAAGGUGAAGGUUUAAACGUAGAACAGAGAAAAAGAUUAACCAUUGGUGUCGAAUUAGCUGCUAAACCACAAUUACUAGUUUUCCUUGAUGAGCCUACAUCUGGUCUAGAUUCUCAAACAGCUUGGUCUAUUUGCCAAUUAAUGAGAAAACUUGCAGAUCAAGGUCAAGCCAUCCUUUGUACUAUCCAUCAGCCAACCGCAAUCCUAAUGGAAAAAUUCGAUAGAUUACUCUUAUUAGAAAAAGGUGGUAAAACAGUUUACUUCGGUGAAUUAGGCUCAGGUUGCCGUACUAUGAUAAACUACUUUGAAAGACACGGCUCUCCAAAAUGUCCUUCUAAUGUUAACCCUGCUGAAUGGAUGCUAAGUAUAAUUGGCUCAUCCAGUAGCUCCCAUGUUCAAGAAGAUUAUCAUGAUAUUUGGAUUAAUUCUAUUGAUUACAAAAUGGUCCAAAAAGAACUUGAUCAACUGGAAAAUAAAUCUAGAAACAAUUCAGUGGAGAUUAUCACUAUUGAUGAUAGCGAAUUUGCUACAUCUUUAAUAUAUCAAAUAAUUAUUGUUGGUAAACGUCUAAUGGAACAAUACUGGAGAUCUCCACAAUAUCUAUGGUCCAAGUUCGCAUUGACAAUCGUCAAUAUGUUAUUCAUUGGAUUUACAUUUUUCAAAACAAGGGCUUCCUUGCAAGGUUUACAAAGUCAAACAUUGGCCAUUUUCAUGUUUACUGUUAUUUUCAAUCCUUUAUUACAACAAUACUUACCUAACUAUGUCCAGCAACGUGAUCUUUACGAGGUUAGAGAAAGACCAUCCAGAACUUUCUCCUGGAAAGCAUUUAUCGUUUCUCAAAUUUUGAUCGAAGUUAUCUGGAAUUUCCUUGCUGGUACAAUAGCAUUCUUUAUUUACUACUAUACCAUUGGUUUUUACCGUAAUGCCUCGGUUGCAAAUCAACUUUACGAAAGAGGUGUUUUAUUCUGGCUAAUCUGUACAGCUUACUUCGUUUUUGUCGGGUCAAUGGGUAUUUUAACUAUGUCAGCUAUUCAAGUCCUAGAGAAUGCUGCUUACGCUGCUAGUUUAAUGUUCACCAUGUGUCUAUCUUUUUGCGGUGUCUUUACUACCAGAAAGGCAAUGCCUGGCUUCUGGGUCUUCAUGUACAGAGUAUCCCCAUUAACUUACCUAUUAGAGGCUCUACUUGCUGUUGGUGUCAGCAAUGUUGCCAUUGAAUGUGACGAAAAUGAGUUUCUACAAUUGAUUCCACCAGCUGGCCAAACAUGUGGUGACUAUCUAAGCCCAUACCUUUUCGUUGCUCAAACAGGUUAUUUAAAAGAUCAAUUAGCUACUGAUGUCUGUAACCUAUGUGAACUAUCGCACACUAACGAUUAUCUAACUAGAGUUGACGUCAAUUAUUCUCAAAGGUGGAGAAAUUACGGUAUCUUCCUAUGUUAUAUUGUUUUCAAUUAUUCUGCUGGUAUUCUUCUAUACUAUCUAUUCAGAGUUCCAAAGAAGAGUAAUAUAAAGAAAAAGUCCGCAUAA